AUGGAGUUCAAAAAAAGAAUGCUAUCAGAGUACUCAGUCAAGUUGAAUGAGAUAUUGGAUAGCUACAGGACCGAGUAUCAGCAGAUUGUUAAGAGCAUGCAGAUGCCACAGAAUAUUGUAAGUUCCACAACCCCACAAAGUCCUUCUGACACAAUAAAAAAUACCGAAGAAAACAAAGAGUGUAAAGAGGAGAACAAAGAGAACAUUAUAAGUACAAAUGUGCAAGGUGUAGAUAGGUCAAUAAGCUUUACUGCAGAUGGCAGCACAUCUGCCGAAAAUGCAAAUGAAUUUGAAAAUUUUGACUACACCAAGUUUUCAAAGCCGGACACUUCACUCGCAAUUGAAAAUGAAAAUGGCAUUAAUGUGGAAAGUAGGGCUGCGCCUCUUAUCACCAUACAAACUGAUGCACAAACAACUGAUAUAAGAAAUUCUUACUCUAUUUUUCAGACUGCCAGCCUGAAUAUGACUAAUUAUGGUCUUCAGCAGUCAGUUGGUACGGACAAUAUUAACUAUGCCGAUCAAAAAGGUACUAAACAGGCACAGCUGGACAAUUUUUCAAUGUUGGAGAAUCCAUCUAAUUACCUCAACAGCUCUAUCAAUCAAAGUUUUAUUAACAGUGAGUUCCGACGAAAGGCCAGAAGAAGAACAGGCAGGAUGAUUAUAAAAAGAAAGCUUGAAGUCAUUGGCGGCGAAGAAGAUUGCUUUAAGAGAAGAAGGACGGAUGCGGUUGGAAGCUUCCUUGUUCUGUACUAUGAUCUCUUGAAAAACAAGAACUUUGGCAAUAAAUAUGAAAAGGAAAUUGAAGAGUUAAAACUUAGACUCAGGAAGGCCGAAGCAAGUGAAACCAGCAAGAUAGAGCAAGAAAGAAAAAAUAUCGAGAAAAUGAAAAACGAAAAUUUAGAGAUUUCUCAAAAAAUUGAAAAGGAGUUGAGCGACUUAAAGCUGCUUAAGGAGACUAUCUCUAAGGAGUUUGAGAGAAUUAAAGAAGAUAAGAGGAAUCUGCAAGCUGAGCGGGAGAAGAUCCAUCUUGAGAAAAUGCAUAAUGAGCGGAAGUUUCUUGAAGACGAGUACAGACGGAAGACCAUAAGGCUUGAGGCUGAAAAGACGAUGAUCUCUGAGGAAAGAAAAAAGCUGGAAGAGAUGAGACGGUUGGAAAUGGCAAAGAUUCAAGAAGAAAUAAAGAGAUUGCAGAUGGAAAAGGCUGAGGAAAUAAGGAAGAUUAUGGAGGAAAAGGCGCUGCUUGAAAAGCAGUUUGUUGAUCAGAGUAUUCACAUGGAAAACGAAAGAAAAUUACUGAGAGAAGAGCAAGAAAAAACAAGCCAGACAAUGCUCGAGUCAACGACAAAGCGUGCCCUUGAAGCUUCAAGGCAAAAAGAUGUUGAGAUUAAGCUACCUGAUGGCAAGAGAAUGGAAAUCCAGAAGAAGGACACGAUUGUAUAUAAUGGAAGAGAUGAGAUUAAAAGCAAAUUUAAAAUGGCAAUGAAGAACUAUGACGACAGGAUAUCUCAAUCUCAGCUAGUAGACCCCUCCAAGCAGCCAUCAAAGGAGCUUCAGUACCAGGUUUUUACGAAGCAAGCGUCACGAAAGCAGCAGGUAAAGAUGGAAAAUGAAAAGAUUGAUGCUCAUUUUCUUUAUAAAAGAAGUAUUGAUGCACAAAUAUUUGUUGCAGAUACCAAGAAGUAUGUUCCAAAACUAGUGAUUCCAUUUUACUCUAACGAAGACGAGUUUGAGAGUGAAGAUAAGAAGUUUGUGCCAGCACUCUUUACAAAAGAUCCUAAAUUGAACUACAUUGUGAAAACCCAAGACCACAACGAGGUUAGGAAAUUCUUUGGGGACAAAAGAGACAUUGAUGUUGAGGGCAUAUUCAGCCAAAUUGAGAAUGUGAGUAACUACAGUCCAAACAAGUUGAAGAGUAGCUGA